AUGGCGUUCAACAUGGAUGAGAUGAUUAAGCAAUUUGCGGGUCUUGGCCUCGAGAGCGGUCUUCAAUCUGGAGGGCAGGGGCAAGCGCGCGUAUACCUCCAACCCGCCCAUCCUACGAUUGCCUCUAAUUUCGACAAAGACAGGUUAGCAUUAGGCUUCUAUCCCGGCUCCUACCUCGACCCCUCCGACACAGCCAUGUACGGCGCCGUUGGGUAUCCCAGGCGCCUACCAGAGACCCAACUGACAGCCAAUGCUGGCCAAGCACUUUCACGACCCCUUGUCGAACUGCCCCGCCACGAGCCUAACAAUCCUCUUCCAAGGAUUGGAGAAACCGCAGUUGGGUACACCCGUCUGGCUGGCGUCAUCUACUCGGCCAUCGGCCGGGUCAUUAAGGUAACUCAACACCCCGAGCCCGUGGUCUGGGUUCAACCAAUGACGGAGAACCAAGAUCACACAAUACUCCCGUACGAGGCUCCCCAGCUCAAAAAAUGCACCAGUUACCUGUCUUGGAACUGGAACACUGGCCCCAAUAAGCUGAAGCCGCUUCCCAACCUUGGCGACCUGGCAGAUGGACUGUGGAAGUCGCCUGCAGGGGGGCUUUUUGUGGGAAAUGGGCGUGUGGUAAAGGUAGACAACGGUCCACUUAGGAUGAUUUUCGUUGAGCCAGCUUAA